UCCGGCCGGGCACGCGGAGGGGGUGGCAGCGGCGAAGGGCGGAAGGAACCGGCAGGACGAAGAUGGGCGCGCCGCAGUAGCCCCCGGGCCGGCGCCAUGGGCUCCGAGCGCAGGGCGCCGCCCCCGGCGCAGCAAGCCCGGGCGCUGGACGGCGGCGGUGGCGGCGGCUGCUCCUGCGGCCGGCGGGGCGCGGGCGUGUGGCGGGCGCUGGCGGGCUUCUUCGCCCUCUCGCUGGCGCUGCACCUCCUCACGCUGGGCUGUUACCUCGAGCUGCGCUCCGAACUCCGCCGCGAGCGGGACGACGCCGAGCUCGCCUGGCCGCUGCACGGCAGCACCACGGCCCAGCAGGCGGCAGCGGCGGCUCUUCCUCCUCCUCCUCGGGGUGCUCCGCCCGCCCCGUCGCAGCGCUUCGCCGAAGAGCCCGGCACCAGCGGCAGCCGCCGCCAUCGCCAACAGGUGGCACUGCUGAAUUUCUUCUCCUCUGAAGAAAGGCCUUCCUUUGGAGAAGGAAGCCGCCGUGUCCGCAGAAACAAAAGGAGCAAGAAUAAUGAAGGAGCCGAGGGCACAAGUUCAUCUAAAAAGAAAAAAGGCAAAAAAGCUGGCCCUCCUGGACCCACUGGGCCUCAAGGGCCUCCUGGCCCCCCCGGGCCUCAGGGCCCCCCCGGAAUCCCAGGGAUCCCUGGCAUUCCAGGCACCACCGUGAUGGGACCUCCCGGACCCCCUGGCCCUCCUGGCCCUCAGGGGCCCCCUGGCCACCAAGGCCCUGCGGGUACCGCUGACAAAGCAGGACCGAGAGAUGCACAGCCAGCUGUAGUUCAUCUCCAGGGGCAAGGGUCAGCUAUUCAAGUCAAGAAUGAUCUUUCAGGUGGAGUGCUCAAUGACUGGUCUCGCAUCACCAUGAACCCCAGAGUGUUUAAGCUGCACGCCCGCAGCGGAGAGCUGGAGGUAUUGGUGGACGGCACAUACUUCGUCUAUAGUCAGGUAGAAGUAUAUUAUAUAAACUUCACGGAUUUUGCCAGCUAUGAGGUGGUGGUAGAUGAAAGGCCUUUUCUACAGUGCACCCGAAGCAUUGAGACGGGCAAGACCAACUUCAACACCUGUUACACAGCUGGGGUUUGUCUACUUAAAGCCCGGCAAAAGAUUGCUGUGAAAAUGGUCCACGCAGACAUCUCCAUCAACAUGAGCAAGCACACCACCUUCUUUGGAGCCAUACGGCUAGGAGAUGCACCAGCGUCCUAAAGGAACUGGAUGGCGCUGCUGCUGCUGCUGCUGCUCCACAGAAUUGCAGGUGGCCAUGUAGCCCAACCACAGGGAGAACAGACCACUGAUAUUUAUUUGUUCAUGUAGAUGCAGGAAGAACGAGGAAGGUUUCCUGUGUUUUGCUUUAGGGGACCGUUGAAACACGAAUGAUGGAGCCGUGGGAGGGAGGGAGGGGGAGGGGCAAAUGACCUUCCUUCAGUGUUUCACAUAUUGCAGCACUGAAAAUCCACUCAGGGCUUGUGGUGGUGAUUGUUUCCUGCUUCUGGGUUGCACUAGCAAGAGCAGCUGUGACAGGAGAGAGCAGAAGGCACACCUUUGGUAGCUGUCCUGUCAUGCACACCAAGGCAAGCAAGAGCUGAUUGGGGUUGGGGUUUCUCCACAAAGAGGAGCGAAUUCUUUUGUAGGGCAAUGGCGGCUUGGAGGAAGCAGAUGGGAUGGGACCAAGUGGGCCAGGUGCUUCUGGGCAGCGGAGGCAGUGACCAUCAGAAGAGCAUUAAAUCUGGCAACAAAACAAAAUGCUCUCCAGUAAGAUGGUUCUUCAAACAGCUCAGCUUAGCUUAAGAUGGCAUCUUCAGCGACCCCGGGGAACUCCUAAUCAGCAUGUAGCAACUUUUUUGUACCAUAUCGUAUUUGCGGAGGUUGUUGCGGAGCCCUUGCUAUAUGGAUGUUCUUGUAGCAAUUUAAAAAUGAUGACGUAGAUGGGGAGCCAUUCCUAGGGCUUGGUAAAGUUGAAUUCGGCAAGGACGCUCUGCCCAGUGAAAGCAUACUUAGCAAAAGGGAGACCUGCUUCCAAAGGCCUCCCUUUCCAUGUCUUGUUACGGGCUUUAUUUGGGGAGGGGGGGUCUGUCUCUCCCUGAGAGCAGCGACCGACUCUUGGCUAGAGAAAUCUGUUCUGUAUGGAGUGACCCUGCUUUGCCAUCUGACUUCUGGGCCUAGAUAUCGGAGAGAUUAGGAGAUUUAGUCAGCCUACCCAAACAUGCCCAAACUGCCACUUCCCACUACCCUGACACAACAGCCAUGGGGAAAUAGAGCUUGGUGUGACCUGUGCUUGGCUAUCUUCUGCGGUGUGGGUCUUUGCUGAGCUCCUCCCCCUCUCCUCUUCCCCUGACAGAUUGUUAUUGGAAAGGAAACUGAUGAAAGGUGCCUCAAUGUUGCAACUUGGGAGCAAGUUCCGAUAGAGGGACCAUCCUGGGAUGAAAAAAUCAGCCUGUUUCAGUUGAAACUGUUUCUAGGAAAGUUGCCUGUAAGGUAAAUUUGUGCCAGCCUUCAAAGCAGCAAGUGCCUUCCUGCAACAGGUGCUUUAAGACUGUAAGCUGUCCUCCAGGAGUGAUUUGCCUGCUUCAGACGGUGCCUUCCUUACACAGGGAAGCAAGUCACUUUAGGGGAUCACAAGAUGUGGUGACAGUCACCAGCGUAGACGGAUAAAUUUGUGGAGGAUAAGGCUGUCAGUCCUGAAGGCUACAUAGCAGGCAGCAUCCUUCCAGGUACCAGGGAUUGCUAGAGAACAUCAGCAAGAGUGAGAGUGCCCUAAAGUCCUGCUGGUAGGCUUUGGGUGGCCACUGUGGGAAAGAGGAUGCUAGACUAGAUGUGCCACCUUUCGCUGGAUCCAGCCUGGAUGGCCCAGUAGCAAGCACUGGUCUGGCAAGGCAGGCAGCGGGACCCAUCGGUGGCUGAGGUUUUCCUUCUCGCCAAGCAUCAAGGAAUUUUAAAAUGCUCUUGCAGUGGCAGGGCCAGCUUUGUCUGUAGACAUGGAACAGGCAGAGGUAACCGAUGAGCCGCUGUUUGUCUCCACCUUGAGUCGUGGAGGUAGAAGCAGCAGCACCAGCUUGCUUUGGCCAGUCCCUGUUCUAAGUCACGCCUGUCCUGAAGGAGCUGGUUUCAUCCUCCCCCUGCCCCCACUCACCACUUUAUGACAUUGCAGGCCCUAGAGGAUCCAUGGGGGGGGCAUUUUUAGCUGCUCAGGCACAUGUGGGCUCUUCCAUCAGUUUCUGCAUCUGCAUGUACCAGUUUCUGAAGCAAAGCGAGGUGGAGGGUCCUGUGGCGGAUCUGAACUGGCUAGCAUUGCACAGGAGAUGGGAAGCCCUUGGACCGAGAGUGCUGAGGAAAGUGGGUUAAGGUUUACUCGAUGACUGAGCGCUGUUACGCUGCCCUUCCAGUAGCCUUUGCCUCUGCUGUUUUUAUCUCUCCUGUUUCCAAGCCUUAAGAGGACGUGCGGCAGAACACGCAUUCAGAGCCUUGCAUCCGUUGCUGGCUCUUUUGGAACAGGAAAGGAGAACAGCCAAAUUGCCAGUGCCAGUCACUGCCAGCUGACUUGCUUAAGAACAUGUUCUUCCUUCUGCACUUUGGGAACCGCGCCAGGUUGCACCCUCAACUUCAGCCUCGCCUCCAGUGGGGGAGAGCCAGCAUGACAAACACAAGGGCUUCUCAUGCAUUAUGCCUGCUUUGGGGUGCAUCUUUCUGAAGAUUGCCAUGCUCUGCUUUUUGACAGUUCUGGUUUUAUCACGGCUUGACUCUUUGCUCAAACUCUGAAUGGCAAAAGGGUUGUGUGUGCAAGACAAAUAGCCUGCCUUGAAGAGGGGCAAGGUGGGUGCCUGAUGCCGCCCUGUUGGCUGGCAUCUUUCUUCACAAUAUGAUCUGUACAUAAAAUAUACAUAAUGUAUAUAAACAGGGAUGUAAGUUUACGUGAAUUGUCAGUAUUUUCUUUGCAAAUAAACCUUUUCUG